AAGGGUUUUGUCAAACCUUAGUUGCUGCGGUACGUCCCGAUUGAGUGAGGAAUUGGUUGAGUGAUAUGUCUGCUGCAGGCGGUGGCGGUUCUGCAGAUACCAUGGGGGGUGGGGUAGGAGGAGGAGGAGGGGAGGGCGUGCCGUGGCCAACCGGGGCAGAUGGCUACAAACUGGACAGGAUUAUUGGCAAAGGAGCGUUCGCGACGGUAUGGAAAGCAUUUUGCGAAGCCCGCGAGGUACAUGUCGCGGUAAAGGUGAUGGACCUCGAGAACGUCACCCACAGCUUCGAAGAUAUUCGUCAAGAGGUGGCGGUGAUGCGUAUGUGCGACCACCCGAAUGUGCUGAGCUGCUACGCAUCGUUCGUGCAUGAAAAUGAGCUGUGGCUGGUAAUGGAGUUCAUGAGCAAAGGAUCGUGCUUGCACGUGAUGAACGUCGCUAAAAAGGAGGGGAAGGGAGACGGCAUGAAGGAGGAGUGCAUCGCAUAUGUCUUGAAGCAAACGCUGCAGGGACUCAAGUACUUUCACGACCAGGGACAGAUCCAUCGAGACAUCAAGGCUGGUAACAUCCUUCUGGGAGAGGACGGGAGAGUGAAGCUAGCCGAUUUCGGGGUUGCCGGAUGGCUUGUUGGUUACGGCGCCCGCCGAAACGUCGCUAAAACCUUCGUAGGGACACCAUGCUGGAUGGCCCCGGAGGUCAUGGAACAGGUCGAUGGGUACAACCAGAAGGCGGAUAUUUGGAGCGUCGGCAUCACAGCACUCGAGCUGGCUAAAGGACACGCGCCCUACGCAAGGCUUGAACCCAUGAAGGUGUUGAUGCAAACGAUUGAAAGAGAACCUCCGUCGUUGAAGUCGUACCCUGAUGACCGACAACCAGGAGGGGAUGUCUUCGGCCGCAACUUCAAAGAGGUGGUGCGGUUCUGCCUUCAGAAGAACCCAAAGGAGCGACCCAACUGCGCAAGUCUUCUGAGCAAGAAGUUCUUCAAACGGGAUUUGCAGCCCGAUGCUAUCGUCAACGAGCUGUUGCUGCACGUCCCUGUGGUGGGAGAAGGAGACGGGGGACUUGAACGGAAGGAACAUGGGUCGCCGGCGGCAUGCCUUGUGGCGGAGCAAAUGACCUUGGACGUCAAGGCACGAGGCAGCUCCAAGUCGACCACACCAAUGGAGGAGGAAGGGGAGUACGGGCGGCCAAAAGUAGCGCCUCCGGAACACCCUGCUGGAACCACGUGGGUGUGGGACGAUGGAUCUGGCGUCGUGCUGAAAGCCGAGGGAAAGGCGAAAGAGGAAAUAGAGCAGCGCAAAGCGGAACAAAAAGAGGAGAACGAUGGUUUCUACGAUGAGAUGGAAAGUAUCGGGCAGAGCGAGUGGACCCAACAAAAAGGAUGAACCCCCUUUGGCUGAUUGACAAGGAGGCAAGCCUUUGGCUCAAUGACAAGGUGUCGAUUUCCACCGUACCGGCUGGUUGUACAAUGCUCGAAGGAAGUAUCGGGCUCGAGAUUUGCGUCUUUAGCGACUGGUUCGUCUUCCAUGAACACCAGCUGUCCGUAGCCAAGUGCAAUUACAGGCUCCAGGGGCGACUUGGGCCUGGCUUUUCGUCAUGGCCCUCAGCAUGGCGCCCACCCCGUGUCGGUGACUGCUGAGGGUUAUGGCCUGCGUGUUGAGUGGAAAGGUACCAGAAAUGGUGUCCAAGUCGUUUAUUGGAACAACAGCACGCAAGGCAUUGAAACGAUUGUGCUAAUUGUGUAGUGGCGUUGGUUGUUCUGCAGACUGGAUUCGCCUUUCUGGAAUAUGGUGGAACUAUGUGUUGCGCCGCUGGCUGUGUGAGGACAUGUGGCCACCAGUCAAAGAGCCCGUCGAUCAAAUUAUGGGGUGAAGGGGCAUUUGGCACCGAUGCGGACUUCUGGAUUGCAUUGACGCAGAUCUUCAUCCACCUGCCCAGAAGAAUUGCACACCUGCCAGGAGGCCUGGAUUUGUCCUUCGGCGGGUGGUGUUUUUGUGUGUUUACAAGGUUGACCGCUCGACCUAAAACCGUGUCAGGGUAAAACUACGUGGGCAAUAAUAGCUUCGAGGUUUGAGAUUGCCGCGAAGACACGCGAUUUCCUUGGUUGUUGUAGUCAAUGUAGCGCCAGCGAAAUGUGUGCUAGGGAGUGGGGGAGGGGUGGGGGGGUGUACUCAUAGCCGUACAUGCCUUAGUCGUUCGACUAAUGAUCUCGGAUCCCUACAAAGCCGGGUCGGACCACGCCGAAUUCUCACCGGACCAGUGGGGGGGGAGCGGAUUGCCUCUUCCCGCCCAGGGUGAUGAACUUCGUUGUUGUGUCCCCCCGUUCAAUCUUCCCUGUGAGAUGUAGAGGGAGCUAGCUGGCUCACGACGCCAUUUGCAUAUUUUACUUUCCCGAUGAGCACAGGGUGGUACCCCGAGGCUGAAGUGACCGAUGCGUCUCUUAUUUCUUACUUUGUUGUACGCCGAACUAUGUUACAGAAUAGAUCAACAUCGCCCCCAAGAUGAGCGCCAUG